UCAACUUUCGAUCGUUUGUGCAUUUUUUUAGUUAUUUCUUUAUUUCUCCUCAUCUCAAACUUCAAUUCGAAACCACCUCCAUUUGAAGAGGCUGUGCAUAGCCGCAACAAAGCAAUGAAUUCGCAGCCUCCCAUCGAUGUGACGUCGAAGGAGUACAAGGAGUGGCGGGUGUCCAACUUGGAUGGCAGCGGCCUGACUGAGAUCCACCUUGUUAUCUCCACUGUCGUGCUUUCAUACUGGCUGUGGAAGUGCAAAACAGCUGCCGACUACCACCGCAAUCCGACGCGAUUCACUGAGAGCCAGUGGUCACGGGUUUUGUUUGAAUGCGCGGUGUUCUUUGUGCCCAUGUUCCUCACUCUGACUGACCGAUUUGUCUACCUGACAUUGGCAGUUUUGAUAGGCGGCAGUGUGUAUUUUCGGUGGAAGAUUCCCGACCCGCCAUAUCGCCACGACAAAUGGGCCCCUGACCCGCGCGCUGAAGCUUUCGAAAAGAGCCAUAUUCUCGGCAAAGUCUCACCAAAGGCCUACCUGAGCAUAUAUCGUGCUGAGAUGAUGCUCCUCACUUGCUUCUGCAUCCUUGCUGUGGACUUUAACGUGUUCCCAUUGAAAUUUGCUAAAGUUGAGACAUUUGGAACAUCGAUAAUGGAUCUGGGUGUCGGAUCGUUUGUGUUUUCUGCCGGGGUGGUUGGAGUAAAGCCGUUUCUGCCGCGCCUCGUCAAGGGAAAACUGGUCACUGCCACUCUGGCGCAUCAGCUCAAGGCCGGACUGUGGACUGCGUUUCCGAUACUCAUUUUGGGCUUUGCUCGCCUGGUGCUCACUGAAUCGGUCGACUAUCAAAAGCACGUCUCUGAAUACGGCACGCACUGGAACUUCUUCUUCACACUCGGUUUUCUGCCGAUAUUUGUGCCCCUGGGACUCCAUGUGUACAGCGAUUUGCGUGUCACCUCCACUGUACUGGUCGUGGUUUACCAGGCUGUAUACAGUUUGACGCCUUUUGGCGACUGGCUUGAAAAUGCUGAUCGCACUGGCCUCGUCUCUGCUAACCGCGAGGGUAUUUUUUCAUUUAUUGGAUAUCUGGCCAUGUUCUUGAUGGGAAUGAGUCUCGGCAGCGAAAUCCUUUCGGAUGUGCGGACGUUCAAAGAGCGCCGAAUGCGCCUGGUCUCAGUUCUGGGCGUGUGGACGACGGCCUGCAUCAGCUUCAUGCUGGCGAGCUUUGUUUGUGGCAUCGAGCCGUCUCGCCGAUUUGCCAAUGCGCCCUACUGCUUCUGGGUCGCCGGAUUUAACUCCUUCACAAUAUGGCUGUUUAUGCUAGUCGAGGAGGAUGUUGAUUCCAAAUUGCCGCCGCAACUCUCACGCUCAGGGCGUCCAGCAGGCUAUGCUGUGCCGAUUAUUUUGGAGGCGGUCAACAUGAACAGCUUAACAACGUUCCUUGUGGCCAAUCUGCUCACUGGCUCGGUAAACAUGCUCAUUGAGACUCUGCUUUGCGACUCGAUGCAGGCAUACCUUAUUCUGGGUUGCUACACGCUACUGUUUAUGCUGCCGGCAUUGCUGCUAUAUUGGGCUGGCCUGAAGUUAAGGUGAUUGGAUCCCAAAACACUGUGCCGAGCGCGUGCAAGUUUAUAAAUAAAACGUGUCAAAAAAUUCCGAGGG